CUAUAAUUCCUUUAUAAUGUGCAAGUUAGGUUAUGGUUCGAAGUUUGUGUUGAUAGAAAGAGCAUUUGCACUUUGCUGUACUUUCACAUGGGACAAAGAACACGUAUCUCUAACCUUCCACGGCUUGUCUCCUUUUGCAUUUUAUAGAUAGAGAGAGAGAGCCCAGAAAUGGAACAUGACACCCCGUUAUUUCACACCAAAAGUUCAUGUCUUCAUCCUUAAUCCACUUUUGGCUUUUCCCAAAACUUCCUUGUCUCUUCCUCAUAACGGAGAUGAAAGUACCGAAGGUUCAUGCAUAUGAAAAAAAUCCAAAUUGUGGUUUUCUUGGCACUCGUAAGCCUUCGUUGCAAUCACCACUCUAUGCAUUGGGCAACAAGACAAGGGUGUAGUAUUGUCUUCUUUUGUUGGAGGAUGUUCGGUUGGUUUUUGUACUGGAAAAUGAAACCAAGUUUUGCCAGCUCUUAUUCCCAUCCUCUUAGCAUAUUGAACAAAAUCAAAGUAGAGAGGGAAAAAAAGAAUUUUACGGAGAGAAAAUCUAGAAAGAAAGGGACAGGGAGGGGGAGAGGGAGAGGGGGGAGGGGUUCUGUAACCUCUAUAUUUCAGAUAUACCAUAUUCCUCUGAAUCUACGAAGGAAAAACAAAUCAGAAACGACAAAACAACCUUGUUUGUCACUGACGCAGCCAUGGAGAAAGUCCUUCAAAACAGGAGCAUUAAUUCCAAUACUGAGUUUGCAGCAAAGCCCUACACGCCAAACCCUUCAUAAAUCUCAACCCGCUUCGGUGGAUUGUUUGAGAUCGCGUCAGAAAGCUUGGAAUUUUUCUUUUGGGUUUCUGGAUUUUGGACCAAUUUGAAAACCCAGGUGAAGAUGGUGGUGUGCUUGAAUAAGAAGGAACUAAUUGAACAUUUUCUGAGUUCGUUCUCAGUUGGAUAUGGCCGGAGCUGAACAUGGAUCUUCUCAAACUUCCUCAUCCCUCAUUCCGUGGACGUCACUAUCUACUGUGUUAGGACCACCAUAUCGCUGGCUCAAGGAGCUGAAAACUGAGGAGAGGGGUUUGUAUUUGAUACAUCUUCUUCGAGCCUGCGCUUACCAUGUGGCUGCCGGUAACAUUGAGAAUGCCGAUAUCGGCCUUGAGCACAGCUCCCAUCUUGCCUCCCGCGAUGGCGAUUCAAUGCAGCGAAUUGCUGCAUACUUCACGGAGGCGCUUGCGGAUAAACUGCUUAAAGUCUCGCGGCCUCGCCUGUCUAAAGCCCUUAAUUCAACAAGAAUAUUGUCUCCCUAUGAGAAAAAUGAAGUUCAAAAAUUCUUCUUUGACAUCUGCCCCUUCUUAAAGGUUGCCUAUCUGAUCACGAUUGAGGCCAUUUUGGAAGCCAUGGAUGGGGAGAAAAUGGCUCAUAUUAUCGAUCUCUGUUCAUUUGAGCCGGCACAAUGGAUUCAUCUUCUUCGGACAAUUAGUGCACGGCCAGAAGGCGCACCCCAUUUGAGAAUUACAGGUAUUCAUGAAGAUAAAGAGGUAUUGGAUAAAAUGGCUCUUGAGUUGACAGGAGAAGCUGAAAAAUUGGUCAUUCCAUUUCAAUUCAAUCCCGUAUUGGGUAAAUUAGAGAAUCUUAAUCUUGAAAGUUCGGGAAUUAGGACAGGAGAAGCUGUUGCAGUCAGCGCUGUACUUCAGCUACACACUCUCUUGGCUACCGACGAGGAAUUGCUCACAAGGAACUCUCCUUCAGUAGAAAAGAACCUACAGACACAUUUUCACAUGGACCAGCACACAUUACGAGAGUUCCUUGAAAAGGAUCCGAUCAAUGUGUACGUGGCCAGUCCUGAUUCUGCAUUAUCUCUAAGUGCUUCCCCAAAAAUGGGGAGCUUUCUAAAUUCUCUUUGGAGCCUCUCGCCGAAACUGAUGGUGAUUACUGAGCAGGAAGCAAACCAUCAUGGCUUUACUUUUAUGGAGAGAGCCAAUGGAACAUUGGACUACUAUGCUGCCCUCUUUGAUUGUUUGGAGUCUACUGGGUCAAGAGAGCCCAAAAAACAACAGCAGGUUGAGAAGAUGCUAUUUGCAGAGGAAAUUAAAAACAUCAUAGCAUGUGAGGGAGCGGAGCGAAAGGAGAGGCAUGAGAAGCUUGACAAAUGGGUUUUAAGGCUCGAGUUAGCUGGCUUCGGGAAGGUGCCUUUUAGCUAUCACGGUAGAUUGCAGGGAAGGGUGCUCUUGCAGAAAUAUGAUCAUGGAUACAAUAUCAAAGAAGAGAAUGGACGUUUGGUUAUCUGCUGGCAUGAUAGGUCCCUCUUCUCUAUUUCAGGCUGGAGGAGGAACUGAGAUGAGUUGCAAUGCUACACCGAUUGCUCUUUUCUUGUUCCUUUUUUUUUUUUGGUAUUUUCUUUUCUUUGUUUUGCUAAUGGAUUUCUUCUUUUCUCUUUUUUGUUUAAUUUUCUUUUUUUUGUUUAAUUUUCUUUCUUGGGUUUGGCUUACAUUUUGUUAAAAAUUCACCGAAUACAUCUCGUUGAAAAAUGAAUGGACAAGAUUGCUUUUAAGUAAAAAAAUAAA